CACCACCAGUCCAGUCAGUCAGUACCCAGUAGUACCAUACCUACCAUUGCUACGAGCUACGAAGUUAUGUUUGCUAGUUUGCUUUUAUUUCAUUUCAUUUCGAUUGUUGUUAUGUUAAAUUAAAACAUCCUCUGAUCCUCUAAUCUAUAGUGUAGAUGUAAAGCAACAGGCAUCAGACAACAUUUCUUCCUUAUAAUAUUUAUUUUUCAUUUAUUAAGUAGGCCUAAGCUACCCUCCUUGGUUUUUCUGAGAUGGGUAGAAAGAUUCCUGGUAAAAAACAUAAAGGUGUAAAAGAUCCACAUUUGCAGCAGGCAAGAAGAGAAGAAAUCUUAAAAAAUAAAAUAAAUGCUCCUCCCAAAGAAGUUGAUUUCCAAGAAAUGCCAAAAAGUGUUGAAAGACUCAUGAAACUUAAGCAGAUGACCAAAGAAGGAUUUUUUGACAAACAAAAGAAAAAGAAGGAAAAACACAAGAAGAAUCUUAUGGAUACUUCAAGAUUAUUAGGAACAGAAAAAAUACUACCAGGAAUGUCAAAGCCUGACCGAACCCUACCUCGUUUGGUCCAACGUCCAGGAGAGUCUAAUAAAACAUUCUUGUAUCGUGUCAGUCAAGCCACAAAUGACUUUGUUAAAGAGGUCAAAUUUGAAGUCAAGCACAACAUGAAAAUGAAAAGAGAUGAAACAACUGGAGAGGUCAAGUUUGACAAAGUGGAGGUGCAUCCAGUGGACAAAAUGUUUAAAGACAAACUUGAAGCCUCUAAUAGCCGGAAAUCAAAAUACAGUAAAAAAAAGAAAGUAGCAGAGGAAUUACUAAGCAAAACAGGACGACGUCGUUUAAGACAUCAAGCAAAGAAGGAACACCUCAGAGAAUUGAAAGGGGAAGGAGUUGAUGAUGGAAAGGACGAUUUCCAUCAACUCCGAGACAAAAUAGAAUUUAACGAGGUUGUCCAUAGACCACCACAGCUGACAGCUCUGCCUCGGAAAGCCAUCAUCACCAGCGACGAAGGCAUUGCAAGGAGACCUGCUAGCAAACCUGGACUUCUGCUAUCAAAGAUGUUUACGGAUGGAGAGAGGAGGGACCUGACCGGGAAACGUAAGGACUUGUCAAUGUCCGAUAGAAGAAGACUUGAAUCUGCUCAGGCUGAUGCCAUUAGUGCCUACAGACAGAUGAAAGCUAAGCGUUCUAUACUUGUAACAUAAUAUUGCUCGUUUUAUGAAUAAAUCUUAAUUGUCUUGUUGGUUUUCUAA